ACUGCCUAUGGCAAGAAGUUAAUGUUAACUCCGCCGUCUCUCUCCACAGACCUGCUGAAGUUUUCUCCAGUAGUUUCUGUUUUUGUUUCAGAUCUUUGGCAAUUGGUUGUUUUUUAUUCAUCCAUUUGUAUUUUACUUCAUUGACACAACGCUUCACCUAAUAUCCCAGUUCAUUUCAGCAAACGGCCCAUCAGGGGCGAUGCUGUGUGUGUUUGUGAUCUGAUGUCUAUUGUCCAAAUCAUUCUCAACACGCUGUCACCCGGACUCAUUUCUGGAGGCUCAUACUUCCGUGGUUAAGGGGGUGGGAGCAUGAUGGGUGUAGCACCGGAAGUCGUGGUGUUUGUCGGAUAUUGUUGACGGGUGGCAGACUCCGUCACGGAUGUGUGUUUUUCUUUAAACUGAAACGGAGAGGUUGACAGAAGAAGGCGAUUCUGGUUUCGGCCGCCGGAAGCUUUCGGUAUUUGACUCUUUGAGAUGCUGCCAGAUGUGUUGAGUUUUUCCAGCAGAUUCACUUUUUGUUUAUACAUCCCUGAUCGGACCCCAACUAGAGGACGCCAGAUAAACAGAAAGUGCUAUACAAACUCAUCAGGCAACAGGAGUUUCCAAAAUGUCAGCUCCUAACCCCAGAGGCCACAACUGGAACAGGAAGUCAGAGAAGGAAGAAGAGGAGGAGGAGGAUCCUGUGGAUCAGAUGAUUUCCAGGACGGGGUGUGCUGUCUUCCAUCGAGCUGUGCAGGAUUGUAUGGCGGAACACCAGGACUGGCGGCAGUGCCAGCGUUCUGUGCAUGACUUCAAACAGUGCAUGGCAGAAUACCAGCGUCUGCGAGCUAGCCAGCUUGGCCAACACAACCCCCACUCAGCUGGUAGCUGAAAUCUGGGUGAAUCAACAACCUUAUUUUUUGUUCUUUCAGAUGCUCUCAAAAAUAAAAACAAAUUCCUAAAGA